GCCCGCUCGAGAGGACGCGCUGUGGGAUGAGUCUUUUUAUUCAGCUGUGAUUUGGUUUAUAGCGUGGAGGAGGAGGCGCGGUGACUCCAGUGGGGCGCGCAGCGUGGAUCUCAUCCACUCAGUGCAGGUUCGCCUGGAGUAGUUCCGAGCCACCCGGGGCGAAGCUCCGCCACUGCCUCUCUGGAUAUUGAGAUUAUUUGACCGCAGCAACAUGGAUAAGGAGGGAGUGAAGGCGUCCGUUCUUCUGCUCGGAGUUGUGCUAGUUGUGCAGUGCGCGUGGAGAGUCCGCGCGGAGCCCGGCGGAGGAGUCUACUACUUGCAUAGUCAAGAGUCGGCACCAGACCAGGACUUAACUGUGGAGAUGCACUUGAAUCUGCAUCGGUGGAAGAGGUGGUCUCCACCUAGAUCCUGGAACAUGGACAGUAACCGGGCCAGUGUGGACCAGGAGUCAGAGGAGUCAGAUACCUUCCCAGGGCUAAAUUCAGCGGAAGACACCGACAACAGCUCCCAGAUAGAGGAGGACACAGAUCACAACUACUACACAUCAAAAACAUACAGUCCAACUGACCCCAUGAGCAAGGACUUAUGGGUUGACAUCGAGCGCAUGGACAAGGAGAAGGUGAAGAUCCACGGGAUCUUGUCCAACACACAUCGACAGGCAGCGAGAGUCAAUCUGUCUUUCGAGUUUCCUUUUUAUGGACAUUUCCUGCGUGAAAUCACGGUGGCAACUGGAGGUUUCAUCUACACUGGUGAUGUGGUUCAUCGGAUGCUCACGGCGACACAAUACAUCGCUCCCCUCAUGGCGAACUUUGACCCCAGUGUGUCGAGAAACUCUACUGUCAUCUACUUCGACAACGGAACGGCUCUGGUGGUGCAGUGGGAUCAUGUUCACCUGCAGGACAACUACAAUCUGGGCAGCUUCACCUUCCAGGCCACGCUGCACAACACAGGCAGGAUUGUGUUUGCAUACAAAGAGAUCCCUGUUGAAGUGGCACUCAUCAGCCAAGUCAAUCAUCCUGUUAAAGUUGGUCUCUCUGACGCCUUUGUUGUGGUCCACAAGAUCCAGCAGAUACCCAAUGUGAGAAGAAGGACGAUCUACGAGUACCACCGCGUGGAGCUGACGAAGACCAGGAUCACCAACUCCACAGCCGUGGAAAUAAUGCCUCUGCCCACAUGUCUUCAGUUCACCACCUGCAGCUCCUGCGUCUCCUCACAGAUCAACUUCAACUGCAGCUGGUGCCAUCGGCUCAACAGAUGUUCUAGUGGAUUUGACCGCCAUCGUCAGGAUUGGGUGGACAACAGUUGUCCAGAUGAGACAAAGGAUAAAAUGUGUGACAUCACCGACACCACACACCUCUCCCCCUUCACCACUGCGAUAGCCAAAACAACCUCCAGAAGCAAAGACUCGACAGAAGGCAAAGAGCCGCCCUCCACCAACCCCCCGCCCACCAGCGCCCCCACUGAAGAUGACACAAAGAUCGCGCUGCAUCUGAGAGACAACCAAAUGAUGCCAGCUGAGAGCUCCGUGGACCGGACAGCCAAUAAGCAUCCACUGCACGCCGGUCUGAUCCUGGGAAUUCUGCUGGUGAUGCUGGUGAUGAUCGCAGGCGUGCUGGUCACCGUCUACAUCUACCACCACCCAACGUCCGCCGCCAGCCUCUUCCUCAUCGAGAGACGCCCCAAAAGAUGGCCGGCCAUGAAGUUCCGCAGAGGGUCGGGGCACCCGUCCUACGCGGAGGUGGAGCCCGUGGGUCAGGAGAAGGACGGCUUCAUCGAGUCAGAGCAGUGCUGAGGGAGGAUCGGGCGAAGCCACAUAGCUGUCCCAACCCUCGACUGGGUUGGACCAUCCAGGAUUUUGGUCUUCUAAGGUGCUCAGUUUGCUCAAAGACUGUGGAAGCAGCUGUGAAGCAAAAUCUGACACACGCAGUUGCUCAGCAGCUCCCUCUGGUGAGCGGUUGAUGUGUUGCAGGAGAAUGAGAGGUUCUCCGGACGUGGGAGUGCCACAAUUAACAUGAUAUAUUUUCUGAAUAUAUUUGGUGGGGUACUACAGUCGCAGGCUUUCUUAUAUACCCAUCCGUAUUUUUGUUUUUUGUUCGUUUUAACGCCUUUCCUUCUUCUCUGGGUUGGCACAUGAUUCUCACUGGGCGUGAGCGAGGAGAGUCUGUUUCAUCACCACUCAUUGUUUAACUGAGGAGCGGCAGUGAAAACAAUCUGGUAUCUUUAAAUAGAGUGUAUGAUGGCCGUUUAUGAAUUUACCUCAGUCUUAGGGAAGCGGACGUGAUCAAUAGCAUCCGGUUUCUUGGGAGCAUCUCCAUGCUAGGUGCCAACACUUCAGCCUCAUGGACCAUAGAUCCUGUCUGACUCCCUACUGAGCUUGACUCCCCAAUGUUGAACAAAGUCAAGUGUUAACAACUGACUCCUAAAACGUGAACAUGCUGGUUGCACUUUUAAUAAGGGAACAUUAUAUAUUACCAUCAAUAAACUUAACAUUUAUGCUGAACAACCCCCUGAUACUGAUUAUUAACUGUAAAUAAGAAAAUAAUUUUCUUAUUAAUUGUUGAUAUAUGUUGCCAACAUACUUUAUCAGGGAUUGUUUACAAACACAACUGAUCUUCUGUGUUAUCUUAAGAUAUCAAUUUUAACGGUACCAGAUUUUAAAAUCCAAAUUUGUUCCUUCAAAGUUGAUGUGGUGAACAGACGGUGAAUUCUCCGGAGGUUGGCGCCUCUGCCGGCUGGUGUGAGCGUGUUGUGUCAUGUGCAGUGGCGGGAUUUUGCAGGAGGUGACGGGCUUUCUUGAAGUGUUCAUUCAUAAUCAUUUUUCGGACUUGUUUGCACACUUCCUCUUCUAUGAACAUUUAUUUCGGUGACUCGUGGUGAUAAUGCAGAUUUACAAGACUGGAGCUUGUGAGUGUGUUUUGCCGACUCCAUUUUCUACAACUUUGUGUUGAUCUGCUUGGUAGGUGCAUAUAUCUGAGCGGGCUCUGCACAGUUCACCAAUCAUCAUCUGGACUUUUUUUUUUUUUUCGUCAGACCCAGACAUGGCGCUGGUCCUGUUCCUUUUAAUAUGUGAUUCUUUUUUUAUCACCUUCAUGUGUUCAUCGGUGAAAAAAAACGUUUGCAGAUUCAGGAAACAUUAGCACUGUAGUGUUGGUUAUUCAUCCGUUUUCUACUUUUUUACUCACCUGGACCACCCACUCUCAUGUUCACCGGUCAACUACCUACAGGACUUGAUCUCAUAAAGUGCAAUGAACACACUGAAAUGCAGUACAGGAUCAUCCAAACCAAAGACUCGUCAUUCAUGUCAAUGAAUCCAAUGUUGAUAUGUAUGUUUUCUUGUUUAAGAGUGGUACAAUUAAUGCAACUCUUGGUCACACAUCAAAUGCCUCCGAUGACAUCGCACCCGAGUGGGCAGCCUGUGUGUCUGUGGUGGAGGUGCGCCCCCUCCCUGUGUGCAGCUGGGAUAGGCUUCAGCCUGCACAGCCCUAUGAUCCUAAAAACUAAAGUUUCAGCUACCCAGCUCACUACCAUCCAGUGAUCUCACACGCAGGCUACACACCAGUGCAGAAUCACUGAAGAUUCUUCAGGAAAUGUGGGUGAAACCUUUCUUUCUGUCUGCACCUGAAACUGCAACUGUUUUGCUUUUACUUCAGUGAAUAUUCCAACUAGAAAGAAGCUGUUGAGGUGAGUCUGCUGUGAGCUGAUAUGUGCUUUGAUGCCAGAGUGAGAUGGAACACUGAUGAUCCCUUCAGUUCUAUUUUUACAAAUCACUUGCUGUCGGCUUCUUUCACAGCCGUGAGGUGGGCUUGCUGUGGACUCUGUAGAAGUAGAGUGACUGCCACAGAUCUUCUGGUUCACUUCUGUUUGGUUACAUUUCAAUAAAUAAAACAAUGUGGGUGGACACCAUCAGUUGAGGAGCAAUUUUUUUUCCUGUCGGCAAUGGCAGUUCGGAACUCAUCAUCCAAGUUACCUUUUCAUAGAAGAUUCAAUUGUAAUACAAGGUGACCUUAAGGUUUCUUGG